UAUAUAAACAAAAGCUUGUCUAACUCUUCUCUUGCGGUGCCGCUCGUGCUGCCCAUUCUUCUAUCUACGCACUCAAACUAUCACCUCUCUUAUAACUACGGCCCUAUUUUUGGGAGAAAUUUUCGGCCAACAUAUCACAUAUCAAAAAAAGAAGAAAAAUACUAACAAAAACCCAAAAAUCACAAACCCAAAACCAAAUAUUCCCUAUCAAACGGUUAUUUGGUCACUGGUUUUCAUUUCCAACAACAUUAGUUAAGGGUUUUGUUGUUGUUGUUUUUCAUUUCUGGGUUUGUUUGUUUUGUUGCGUGAAAUUUGGAGAAUGGCUCAGGUUCAGGUACAACCGCAGUCUCCGGUUUCUGCUCCAAAUGGGGUGGCAAGCAAUGAAGUGAACCAGUUCGUGUCUACCUCGUUGUAUGUUGGGGAUCUUGACCACAAUGUGACUGAAACUCAGCUUUAUGAUUUGUUUAAUCAGAUGGGUCAGGUCGUAUCGAUUCGGGUAUGCAGGGACUUGACCACUAAAAGGUCCCUUGGUUAUGCCUAUGUCAAUUAUAGCAACAUCCAUGAUGCGGCACGGGCAUUAGAGGUAAUGAAUUUCACUCCUGUCAAUGGCAAGCCGAUUAGGAUAAUGUAUUCUCAUCGUGACCCUACUAUUCGUAAAAGUGGUGCAGGAAAUAUAUAUAUCAAGAAUUUGGACAAGGCAAUUGACAACAAAGCUCUACAUGACACAUUUUCCACAUUUGGGAAUAUUUUAUCUUGCAAAGUAGUAACUGAUUCUUCGGGUCAGUCUUUGGGAUAUGGUUUUGUACAAUUUGAUAAUGAGGAGUCUGCUAAAAAUGCAAUUGAUAAAUUGAAUGGCAUGUUACUGAAUGACAAGCUAGUUUAUGUGGGACCUUUCCUCCGCAAACAGGAAAGAGAGUCUGCUAUGGAUAAGACAAAAUUCAAUAAUGUUUAUGUAAAGAAUUUGUCAGAGACAACGACUGAGGAGGAUUUGAAGAAGAUUUUUGGUGAAUAUGGAACUAUUACUAGUGUUGUAGUUAUGAGAGAUGGUGAUGGAAAGUCCAAAUGUUUUGGAUUUGUCAAUUUUGAGAAUCCUGAUGAUGCAGCUCGAUCUGUCGAGGCUCUUAAUGAGAAGACAUUUGAUGAUAAGGAGUGGUAUGUUGGGAAAGCACAGAAAAAAUCUGAAAGAGAAAUGGAAUUAAAAGGGCGUUUUGAGCAAACUUUGAAGGAGACGGUUGACAAAUUUGAAGGAUUGAAUCUAUAUGUUAAGAACCUAGAGGAUAGCAUCACUGACGAUAAACUGAAGGAAUUAUUCUCAGAAUUCGGUGCAAUAACUUCAUGCAAGGUUAUGUGUGACCCGAAUGGUGUAAGUAGAGGAUCAGGCUUUGUGGCCUUCUCAAGUGCUGAAGAAGCAUCUCGAGCUCUCGCAGAGAUGAAUGGUAAAAUGGUAGUUGGCAAGCCAUUGUAUGUUGCACUUGCACAAAGGAAAGAAGAAAGAAAAGCCAGGUUGCAGGCACAGUUUUCACAAAUGCGUCCUCCUGCAAUGGUACCUGCAGUUGGCCCUCGUAUGCCAAUCUAUCCCUCUGGAACUCCAGGGAUUGGACAGCAACUAUUCUAUGGUCAAGGUCCUCCUGCUAUUGUCCCUCCCCAGCAUGGGCUUGGUUAUCAGCAGCAACUGGUUCCUGGAAUGAGGCCAAAUUUUUUUGUUCCAAUGGUCCAACCGAGUCAGCAGGCUCAGCGCCCGGGUGGCCGGAGAUCUGGAGCAGGCCCAGUGCAACCUCAGCAACCACUUCCCCUGAUGCAGCCACAGAUGCUUCCUAGGGGCCGUGUCUAUCGUUACCCUCCUGGUCGCAACAUGCCUGAUGUUCCCAUAGCUGGUCUUCCUGGGGGCAUGCUUCCUGUUCCUUAUGAUAUGGGGGGAAUGCCAUUUAGAGAUGCUGCAUUUUCACAGCCUAUGCAGGCUGGGGCUUUGGCCACUGCCCUUGCUAAUGCAACACCUGAACAACAGAGGACGUUGCUCGGGGAAAAUUUAUAUCCACUCGUGGACCAGUUGGAGCAUGAUAAUGCUGCUAAGGUGACAGGCAUGCUUCUAGAGAUGGACCAGACUGAGGUUUUGCACUUGCUGGAGUCUCCAGAAGCCCUGAAAGCCAAAGUUGCUGAGGCCAUUGAGGUGCUUAGAAGCGUUCAGCAGCAGCAGGUUAAUAGUCCAACUAAUCGAAUGGCCUCGCUGUCCCUAAAUGACAACCUUGUUUCUUAAGCCUCGCUGUUGCUAUUUUUAGAAUAAUUGCUGAAACUUUUUUUUUUUUUUAAUUUUUUGAGAGCCUUUAGAACGCUUCUUGAAACUUUGUUUUGAGAGUAUUUUUGGGGUUGCUCCAAAUUUUUGCCUGUUACUUGAGCUUCUAUUCUAGUUGAUACUUAACCUCAGUA